GUUCCUGGCGAUGUCCUUUGCAUUCGUAGUCACCCUUUCGUUCUUAGCAAUCAACGUAAAACGCCUAAGAAAUAAUAACACCCAAAUAUGUUGGAAACAUGAAUCAACGUCUUCACAAGAUUAUGUUAAGUCAAAUCAGCGAGGGUUAAGCAUUGUAUAUUCGUUUAGCGAUACUGACAUGGUUGGCCGUAGUAGAGGUGAUGAAGACUUCUCAAAUCAGGACAGCACUAAUGCCAUCCCUCAUGUAGGUUGCAGCUUUGCUACAGAGAGUAUGUACGCUGAGAUUCAUAAAGCCACUGAUAAAGCGAACACAGGAGGGUUGAGAAAUGGGACAGGAUUAAAUCAGCCUACGAACCUCAUCAAGCACACAGAUAUGUACGCCGAAAUCAAUACAGACUUACCUGCAACAUCUAAUAAAUCCACAGAUGCAGUCGUACCCAUAUAUGCAAAAGUAAAUAAAAAGAAAUGAAAGACGGUUACUUUCGUAGUUGGAUGAGAGGAGUGGUAAAUUAGAAACAUAAUGACAGUGGACUGGUGGGUGGCAGUGUCGAUAUAAAGCGGGUUUUCCACUAGGCGAAUAUAUUCGCUCGAAUCAAAGCGUCGGUUCGCUUCCCGAGUUCUGAUUGGUUGCACAUUUUUUCGCUAGCAAAAACUCCGAUAGAAAUGUGAAUGCACAUGUGCAUGAGCCGCCGCUUUCCUUUCGCGCGAAUAAAACAGGAUUAACGAAUGUUAAAAGGUUAGAACUAGCACCGCCAUGUGCAGUGGCGGCUCUAGUAGGAUAUAUUUGGGGG